AGAACGGCAUUCACCCGUUUAGGUCGGCGAAGUAUCUAUUUCAAGAUCCUAAAGGAUGCUUAUAUAGUAUGUUAGUGUACUCGUGGAUCCAGUCGUGCUUGUUUAUGGCAUACUUGCUCAGUUUGGGUAUGUGCCUCAAAACCGACAACUUCUUUCCCACAGACACCUCAGGUACGGCCUGGGAACAAACGAGAGCGCUUACAAAUACUCAGUUGCAAUGGGCAACAAAUAUAAAGUCACUGGCCCUAAAAUGGUUCUCGCACGCACACGAAGAGUAUUCCAAUGAAACACCGCAGCUAUUGGCCCACCCUUUUCCUUUCACUUGUCAAUAAAGUUUGUUGUCCUGGCUCUUGUCACACACAGCACACCGCUCGUAAAUCUAAUUCAUUUUAUUGUGUAUUUGAAAUCAGUAGCACAGCUCACAAUUGAAAUUGUAAACUAAAAAAUUAGAAUUUUUAAUUGUAUAAGGUUAAGAGUUGACAUUUCAGUGGCAGUUCGAAAGAGAGAAAUGUAGAAAUCACUUCUACCUCUUUAUGCCUUGACCGGAACGACUGGCAGCUUAUUGCUGCUUGCUAAGAAUAAGAAAGCUGCUGAUAGGUUCCUGAAUGCUAAGACAUUACCCGGUGUUGGAAAUAUUUCUAUAAAGUUACACAAUAACCUCAAUUCGGUAAAAGGCACAAUUUAUGCGCCCUUCUUAAUCCACGUUUCCGAAGACGAAAUAGUUGAAGGCCUCAAGGAACAAGGAGUAGCAGCUGCUUAUAAAUUUUCAAAAAUUAUUGAUAGCACACGUAAGCCUUCUGGCGCCAUCUUGUUAACCUUCGAUAAAUAUACUCUCCCGGAAAAAAUUGAGGUCGCCUGGAGGAUUCUUGACGUUCGUCCAUACUACCCUAACCCUAUGCGUUGUAAGGUAUGCCAAUCUAUUGGUCACACAGCUAAGCAUUGCCAUAAUCCCCCAGUCUGUGCCACGUGUACACUUAUCCCCCCCCCACCCAUUCUCCAUCAGAUUGCACUAGAGUCUUAUAUGCUAUUUGUUCAGGCAACCACCCUUCCUCAUCGAACCAAUGUCCUAAAUUCCAACAGAUGAGAGAGAUCCUCAAAGUUAAAACUAUAAAUAAGUGUUCAAUGCGUGAAGCCAUUAAAAAAUAUAACAGCCAAAUCCCGUUUACUCCCAAAGCUAAUUCCUAUGCAAACAUAACAAAAACAUCCAACCAAAUCAUAGAAUCAUCAACAAAAACUGAAAACAACAUUAAAUCAAAAUAUGAAUCUUCCAUCGCAUCUAAUUCUUCUCCUUCUAAUGGAGACUCCUCUCCCUCCCCUAACUUCUCCCCCGUUACCAACUUUGAUAACUCUUCACCCAACACCCCUCCUCCUUCCCCAAUGCUCGUCUCUCCCCUUUCCUUUUCCCAACAAAUUCCUCUCUCCCCACCUAAUACUCUUGAGUUUUCCUCUCCCCCCUCUUCAUCUAAGUAAUCCUUUCUUUUAUUUCUUGCCUUCAUGAUUUCUCUCUUGCAGUGGAAUAUGAAUGGUUAUUUAAAUAACUAUAUUGAACUAGAGUACUUAAUUAAAACUAUUAACCCCUCAGUCGUUUUGUUAAAUGAAACCCACCUUGCACAUAAUAUCAUAGCCCCUACUCCUAAAGCUUAUAUUGGACCCUCCUAAACCUUCCCCAAAUUACCAAUAGUAAACAAGGCAUUGCAAUCCUAAUUAAAAGAAAUCUGCCUCAUUCUACCUAUUACCCUACUUCCUCUAUAUCAUCUGUUGCUGUAGAGCUCCAGUUAGCAAACAAAAUUUCAAUUAUUUGUGCUUAUUCUCCUCCUAAUGAAUUUUUCUCUUUAACCGACUUUAAUAAUCUUACUCCCUCUUCCUCUACUCCCUAUAUUAUAGCAGGUGACUUCAAUGCUUGGAGUCCCCUUUGGGGUUCUCCUUCAGCUAAUUCUAAAGGUCGUCAAAUUGAAGAUUUUUUACUUACUUCUAAUGGAAUUAUUCUGAAUGAUGGAUCCCCCACCCACUUUUCUACUCACUCUUCCUUUACUCAUAUUGAUAUCACCCUUUCGUCUUCUAUCCUCUAAAUGUUCUUGGCAUCCAAUAGAUGAUCUUCAUGGAAGUGAUCACUUUCCUAUAGUCACCAAAAUCUCUACUUCCCGUGUUUUAACGACCUAUAAGCCCAGAUCCUUGUUUAAAACAGAUUUAGCUAACUGGGUCAAAUUUGAAGACUCCUGUUUUAGAUUUUCCAACUCAUUUCCACCCUCCUCCAAUAUCAAUCAGGAAACUUCCAGGAUUCAUAAAAUUAUUCGAUGCGCAGCUAAUCAAUCUAUCCCUGUAUCGUCAUCGAAACCUGUUAGGCCUACCCCCUUAUGGUGGAACAGUGAUCUACCUGAGUUAAGACAAGAUAAACAACGUAAAUGGCAUGAAUUCAAACGUAAUCUUAUUCAAUACAAGAAAUCUUACGCUUUAUUUCGACGUGCAUCUAAAGUUGCCAAAAUGUCUUGCUUCCAAAAAUUCACUUCCUCCAUUAACUCUUCUUGUGACACCAAAAAAAUUUGGUCGGUUAUAAGAAGGUUAACUGGAUUUCCAUCUUCCUCUUCCAUCACGUCAAUUAAUUCACCUCGAGGCAAACUUCUAUAUCCACGGGAUAUAGCUGAAGAAUUUGCUCUCUAUUAUUCCAAUAACUCCUCUGACUCUAGUUUCCCUUCUCAAUUUUAUUCUACUAAAUGUUCAAUUAUCUCAUCCUCGUAUCUCCCUCCUAGCGCUCUAUCUUCCUCUGCCAAGCUAUUAGAUGCUAAUCUUUCUCUACUUAAAUUCCGCACAGCUCUAUCCACUGUUAGAGGCAAACACCUGGCAUAGAUAAGAUCUCCUAUAUCAUCAUAAAACAUCUCCCUUCUUUUCUUUUUUCCCGUAUUGUAUCACAUUAUAACAACAUCUAUAUCACUGGUGAUUACCCUGUUUUGUGGAAGAAGAGCUCGAUCAUACCAAUUUUGAAGCCAGGUAAACCCCCCUGCGAGGUAGGUAGUUACCGCCCUAUUUCCCUCCUGCCGUGCCUUGGUAAAUUGAUGGAGAAGGUUAUUGCAUCCAGGCUCACCUGGUAUGUUCAUAAGAAUAAGUUUCUCCACCCUAAACAGGUUGCAUUGUUGGGCCUGCAGCCCGCUCAUUGGAACUUUGCACACACGUGCCAAAAACCCACUCGCUUACCCCAAAUCGUCCUGUCACGGUCGCCAUGUUGGGCCUGCAGCCCGCUCAUUGGAACUUUGCACACACGUGCCAAAAACCCACUCGCUUACCCCAAAUCGUCCUGGAGACAAAUCCGCUGCUAGGCUGCCGACACCAGUAAAUUAUGCACAAUUAUUAUGCCCUCGUGGCAGAUUGGCCGAACUCUUAUGGGUUCCGCAAACUUGUAUUUAUAGAAAAAUUUGCCAAUUAUUCACGCCCGUCAACUACUUGCGAAUUUAAGAAAAUUAACAACACUUGAAGAACAAUAUUAGUUUUAUUUAAAGACUAAGGAAAAUUACACUACCGAUGGGUUUGAAGUCGUUUGUCUAAUUGCAUUAGCAUUCGUUUUUUCACUCGGUUUUAAGUACCUGUGGAACGUAUGUUCCAACAGGGCUACCAACAUUACGACGGCGCUGAAUAGUGCUGCCGUAUUGUUAGC